AUGGCGGCCACGUUGGAGAAGCUCCACCACGAGCUCCCCCUCCAGGACCCGAAAAAGUGCGAUCACGAGGCACUUGAUAUUCUCAAGACGUUGAAGCCCGAGUGGAAGAGUGAAGACGUCAAGUUUGAGGUCUUCACCGCCGGCAUUACCAACAAGAUCUUUGCCGCCUCUGUCUCCGAUGAUGACAAAGUAAUUUUCCGUGUCUUUGGCAAGAACACCGAAAAGAUUAUAGACAGACGCCACGAACUCGAGUCGUGGGCCGUUUUGGCUGAAAAAGGACUUGCUGCACCGCUGCUUGGACUGUUUAAGAAUGGGAUUGUAUGCGGGUAUCUUCCGGGCAAGUCUUUGGACGUGAAAUUGGUACGGAAGCCGGAGAUGCAAACAAAAAUCGCUGAAGCCAUGGCCAAAAUGCACAACAUCGACACGGGUCACGCCAAGCUCCCCUGCGUCUACGAUAAGAUGCGAAACUUCUUGUCCAAUAUCGGAACCUUCGAAGACGCAGCCAAGCAAGCCGAGUACGACCGAGCCUUUCAUAAUGUCAAUUUGGAAGCCCGUGCAGCCGAAAUGGAAGCGAUCACCUCAAGAUUGCAACCGGAAGUCGGCUUCUGCCACAACGACCUGCUGGUCUAUAACAUUUUGUAUGAUGAGAGGAAUGAGAAAUUGAGCUUCAUCGACUACGAGUACGCUGAUUUUAACUUUACGGGUUUUGACACGGGAAAUCACUUUUGCGAGUGGGCAGGCGUCGAUAAUCCCGAUUUCACGCUCUGCCCUUCUAAAGAAGAUCGUAGAAGCUGGCUGAAACAAUAUCUAAAAUCCAAAAAUGGCACUGAGCCCUCUGAGCAUCAACUUGAGACCGAAGUGCAGCAAAGCGACCUGUUUAUGGCGAUGUCCCAUCUUUUCUGGACGAUAUGGGCCAUCGUUCAGGCGCAGAAUUCGACGAUCGAAUUUGACUAUCUUGGAUACGCCAUUCAACGACUAAAAGUCGGCCAAGAAUGUAUGGAGGAAUACUUGAAGGGUACAAGA